AUGCACACUCCCGAAGGUACCCUCGAAAGGGGCCAACCUCCACCCCCGUACUCUCACCCCAUGCCCACCCAUCAUAUACUCCGCGACGACAUGCAACUACCUCAAGUGAACUCUCUGCCCAACAAGGAACAAUUGAGCAAUUUCACCAACAAUGAUAUUCCUAACAAAGAUGGAUUCUCAGUACCGAAACUAACCGACGAAUAUGCCAUCAACCUGCCAGCUACUUGCCAGGACAGUUCACCGGACACUCCCCAAGCCGAAUAUUAUGAUCUCAAGCAGGGCUGGAUCAACGGCAUCUUCGGCUGCUUGCGACCGGUCCUCUCCAUGAUCGGCAAAGGAGUAGCCGACAACAAAAAUGCUCAAGACGACUGGGAGAUACCCUUCGAGAAAAUCAAGGAUCUGAAGUUCCUCGGGUCCGGCGGCCAGGGCGCCGUCUUCUCCGGCAAGCUCAACGACGAGCAGGUGGCGGUGAAGAAGGUCUCCGAGCUGAAGGACACGGACAUCAGGAACCUGCGGAAAUUGAACCACCUGAACAUCGUCAAAUUCAAGGGCGUGUGCACGCAGGAGCCGUCCUGCUACUGCAUCGUGAUGGAGUUUUGCCCGUACGGGCCCUUGUUCGAUUUGCUCAAGAACCAGAAAGACAUGGUGACCAUCAACAGGGUCGUCACUUGGGCUAAACAAAUCGCCAAUGGCAUGCAGUAUUUGCACAGCCAUAAAAUUAUACACAGAGAUUUAAAAAGCCCUAAUGUGCUGAUUGGCAAAGAUGAAAUCAUCAAAAUCAGCGAUUUUGGAACCUCAAGAACGUGGAAUGGAGUUAGCGAGAAAAUGACAUUCGCCGGUACGGUAGCCUGGAUGGCUCCGGAAGCUAUCCAGGAACUGGCUUGCAGCGAAAAAGUGGAUAUCUGGUCCUACGGAGUCGUUCUUUGGGAACUAAUAACCUGCGAAGUACCGUACGACGGUAUGAACCAAGGUGCCAUCAUGUAUUCAGUGGGCUCCGGAAAAUUGUCCCCUCCGAUUCCCACUACCUGUCCGGACGGGUUCAAGCUCAUCAUGCAGAUGUGCUGGAAAUUCAACCCGAAGGAGAGGCCUAAUUUCAAGCUGAUUUGCAAUCAUUUAGAAAUCGCGUCUUCCAACGUUCUCUCCAAAAAGAACAAAACGUUUUUGGAAACGAACGGCGACUGGAAGCACGAGAUACGAUCUCAAAUAUCCGAGUUCUGCGAGAAAUUGCAGGAGCACAAAAUCAAGUACCAACUCGAAGAGGAACAACUCAUAAAGAAAAGGGAAUUGGAGCUGAAGCACAUCCAAGAAAUCAGAGAAGUAUGCGACAGGCGAUUAGAAAAAGUCAAUCAAAUGCUAGUCGAGUUGAACGGAAAGAUCCAACAAUUCCAAAGGAAGCGCCCGCUCGGAAGGCCGAGAAGAAUUUUACCUAGAUUCAACACUAGAAGAAGAGCCGGCAAUCAAAGCACCACUCCAACUAGCCCUGAAUGCAGCCUAACGAGUCCUGAUAGCCCACAAAACAUGCCAGCUCCACCGGAUUACAGAAGACUCAACAUCGAACAAGACAUCGCCACUCACUCAUCGGCCACCACGCAAACCACUCUCACCAAAAAGAAACACUCCCGCACGAACUCCAACUCGCCGAGGAACUCUCGCUGCUCGCGAUCCUCCAGCAACCGCAUGUCUCUAGUAGUCGACGCCGAAACGCAGACCGAACCCAUGGACCUCAGCGAGACCGACCUCAGCCCGGCCACCACCAGCUGCGCCAGCACCACCACCCUCACCUACCCCCAGCGCGUCAUACUCGAAGAAGAGGGCACCAACGGCAACUGCAUCACCCUGCACUACAUGCUGCCUCAUCAGGAACCAGUUAAAGUGUACACGAGGAGGGAUUCGCGAUCGCCCAGUCCGAGCAGGUUCGAUUGCGAGGACACGGUGAAUCGGAACGUGCAGAACAUGUCCAGCGAAGAGGACAACUUGGAGACCAUCGGCAGGCGAGUGUCGGCGAUCAAAAUCGAUACGAUUUUUUCGCCGGAGAACGGCAAUCUCUCGACCACCAUUUGCGAUAUAAUGAGGCAACGGACAUUCUCCGAAACUCGGGAUGAUUUAGACAGUACAGAAGAUGCUGCUAAUGAUAGUGUUUCGGACGAAGAAGGAGAGGUUUAUAACCAAACGUUGAGGAGAAGAAGCAAGCAAUUAUCAGGAAAAGAAUUGAUAAAGUUAAGCUUGGCGAGAAGGCCCAUCAGGCGAUCGACCCGGUACAAAGCGAACCACCAGUUCCAGCCGGAGACCAUCGCCUCCGACGAGGGCAACACCUCGGAGUACUCGGUGUCGCCGUCGAGCAAGACCUCCACGCUGGAGUCGAACCCGGACAGGGGCCGGCGGCACUCCAAGCGGCCCGGCGACAGCUUGGACAGGUCCUCCGACAGCGAGUCCGAGGACAACGUCACCGUCGCCACGGAGGUGGCCUUCGCCCCGAACAAAACCGAGAAUUUAGUCUGA